AUGGAACACGAACAGAUUCGGGUCGACUUGGCCAAGACUGUGCUUUGGGAUUUGGUCACGAAAGGAACGAAGAACCAUGAUCGUGAAUUGAAUCAGAUCACAGAGGAGGAACUGGCGGAGCUUUUGGAAUGGCCGGAGGCAACCAGCGCUUUGACGCAGUUAGGGGUGGACAUUUUUGCUGUGAAGGAGUACAGCAAGUUGUUGUUCGAAGAUGGUGAGCCAUUAACCUUCGGGGAGUUCAUGGACGCCAUGCUGACCCUCAGGGGCUCCAAUAGCACCACCGUCAAAGACAUUGUGAACUUGCGGAAGUUUACGGCGGAUGAGUUCUCACAGCUCCAUACCGUGCUGUUGGACAUGAUUCGCUUCCUUGCAGGCCAGGGAAUGUCGCAGCGCCUGGUGAGCGAUCUCAACGACCAAAAGACGCUGGGCAGGGGAGGUCGGUUCUUCUUCCUCAGGCUGAAAUUAUGUCCUGUUGGAGAAGACGAGUGCUGUGACAGCUAUGAAUCACCAGAGGAGUUCGUGAUCAAAGCUGGACCUUUGGGAAGCAGCAGAUCCAGGGUGCAGCGAACUGAAAGGGCGAAGGAAAUGUGCGAAAUAUCGAUGAACAUGGCAUGGCGAAAGCGGCCUUGCAUUCACAAGCUGAGGGCCCGUAAAAUCGGGAUUCUCUUGUGGCUCGGGCGCGGCGAAGAAACGGAUUGCGGCCAGGACCUCCUGCUAGGCGCUGAGAGUAAAGCGCAAGCCUUGGAAGAGGUCCGUCGUGCUGGAGCUGAACGCAAUGCCCAAGCCCUCGCUGCAGCCAUCAAGCGCUGUCGCAAGUUGGGCAUUGCACCGCAAGAGUUGCUCCAAGCCUUGCAGCAACUCACAGAUGAAAUGGCCAAGGUGGCGAAGAUUGCUGGAGACCACGGCAUCAGCAAUUUGAUGUUGGAGGACGUUGAGCAGACCAGACGUGAGUUGCACGACAAAGUCCAGGCUGUUCGUGGCGGAGUCCGCGUGAUUUGUCGCAUCCGACCCUUCGUUGAAGAUGAUGAUAUCGAUGAUGCUGUCCGACCAUCAGUGGAGCAGGUGGACCUCUACACCUUGAAGCUUUCCACCAACAAGAUGAAUAUGCUGCCCAGCAAUGACCCCGCGAAGUUCGAAGAGUUUCAGGACGCCAUCACCAUUGGGGACCUGCCGCAGGCUGGAAAUCGACGUCCUUCUAACGCCCCAUCGAAUGCUCCAUCGAACGCUCCCUCGAACAAGGUGACGGAGGCCAGCAGCAACUUCCGCUUCAACGGUCGCGUCCUGGGUCCUCGGGCGUCGCAGGAGGAGGUCUUCGCCGAGGUACAGGGCCUUGUUCAGUCAGCAGUGGAUGGCUAUAAUGUAUUGUUGGCAGCAGGGGGAUCGAAAUUUUCAGGGAAGAGCUACACCAUUUUCGGUCCUCCGUUUCAGAAGAUAGCUCCUGGCAUGCCCAAAGAAAGAGAUUGGUCAGGUUUAGCCUCCAGGGUGGCGAAUGAGGUCUUCGCCAUUCAGGAGCGAGAUGAAUGGCGCGCAUUCUUAGAGGUGGAACUGCAGAUCGUGGAAGUCCGCGGAGAUCGAACUCUCGACCUCCUGGGCCGAGCAAGCAGACCAGAGCUGAAUGAACAGCGCAGCGCGGGUCAUUUGGCCUUCGCCGGCGCCAUGCUGCUGGGAGGUGGAGGUGAAAGCAAUUAUGUGGAGGGAGCCUCCAGCCGGAGAAUUGCAGACAGUCGCGAAUUUAUGCGUGUCUUGAACUCCGCCUUUGGAGCUUCUGAGGGCCCUUAUGAUCCCAAAACUCCACGGACGCCGGCCUCCACGGUGAGCAGUGCACGGGGGGAACCACACGUCAUCGUGGUGAUUCACCUGACCAGGACCAAUCGAGCCAGUGGUGUGGCGGUCCGGAGCAAGCUGGUGUUGGCAGAUCUAGCACCCAUGUGCAGCCCCGUAGUGGGAGGCACCAUUGGAUCGAGUAGUAAAGAGGUGGCAGCUGCAUAUCACGCGAUUGAGGCAAUCAUCAAGGCGGGCAGGAGAGACGGCCAGGCUUCAGCGCAAUCCACGGCGCGGCGCAAGCACGUUCUGGGGCAGAUCCUGCGCGACUGCCUCUGUGGCAAUGCUCGGCCAGUCUUCCUCAUGACGCUAAAUCCCAGCCCGACCGAAAAGGUGCAUACGACGCAUGCCGUCACCUUUGCGACCGCCUUAGGCGGGCGCUCCACGAGGUAAGAUGCAUAGUUCGACGAUCGCAUCACGUCGCGAGAACGUGAACUGGAG